GGCUCGAGCGCACCGCACCACGCGAGGGGGCAAAACCACCGCACCGCGCUGCGCCUGAAAAAAAACAGCUAGGGCGCACCACACCACGCGAGGGAAGGACGCGCUCGUCCUCCAUCCCCGUUCCCUCGUCUCAACCGGCCGCCACUCCAUCUCCAUCCCCUCCCCUCUCUCGCUCCCCCUCUCCCUCCCCUCCGCCCGCUUCGCCUACUCCGGAGGAGGCGGGGCCCACGGAGGAGGACAGCCGCCGCCUCUUCCCCGCCUCGCCAUCUCGCCUCGCUCCUGGAGCCCUUCCCAGUCCACGGUGGAGCCCCCAUCCCAGCUCCGCAUCCGAGAUCCGCGACAAGGGAGGGGUGGAUCGAUGGUGUUGCAGCAAAGAGGAACGAGGGUGGGCAGUGGUGAGGCAUCGGCACCGGAGACGCAGAUCUGCGGCGGGGCGGGAUAGGUGACGAGGACGACCUGUGACUCCUCAUGGCAAAGAAACUUUUGGUGCAAAGGAACAGGGACGGAGCUGAAUGAUCCCUUUCAGAUAUCAGCAUUGUACUUGCGGAAUUGCAUGGCAUGCAAAGCCUGAAAGCAACAACUCCGUGGACUGGACCGAUGGAACGAACUUGCAGCUACAAGGUGGACAUCAGAAUAUUGGAGAUUAGGCACGCACCGGGCUGCUGUUAGCACAAACACAUCGGUCGCUGUUCACUGUCGUUUUGCGCAGUUUUCCGAGGGAGGCACGACGCCUCAGCUCCGCCACCGACGACAGCCUCGACGGCAGCAGCACGCGCAGUGCCGACAGGGUCAAGGUGCGGCAGUAUGGGAAGACGUGCAAGCAGCUCACCGGCAUGUUCAUGACACAGGAGUUGGCCGCGCACUCUGGCUCUGUAUGGUGCAUUAACUUCAGCUUGGCUGGACGGUACCUCGCGAGCGCCGGCGAGGACCGUGUGAUCCAUGUCUGGGAGGUCUCCGAGGGUGAGAGAAAGGGGGAGCUGCUCGGGGAAGGUGCGGUUUCAAAGGAGAGUGGUGGCGGAGGCAGCCCGUUUGUGGCAGUUGCUGGAAAUGGAUCGCCGGAGGUGGCAAUGUCGCCGCUCAGCAGUGCAGACAAGGGAUAUGUGGAGAAGAAGAGGAGGCCACGGGUGCAGAGCAGACGCAAGUCCAUCGGUUCUGAUCAUCUGGUUGUGCCCGGACGAACCACUGUGUCAGAAGCACAAUAAGCCAUACGAGUAUAUUCAUCGCCCACACAAAGCAAACUCAAUCCAAAAGUUCAAAGGCAAGAAAAUCCAUGUAAAGCCUAGAAAGUACAUUCUCCGUGGUGAGCCUUGCAUCCACUACUUAGAUGAGUUUAGUCACCACAUUGUGUGGGGCAACACAGUUAAGCUCUACAACCAUAAUGUUCGUACACUGCAAAAGAUCAUCCGCAGCACCACCACGCCUGAUAACUACUAUGUGUGUCACAUGACAGAAACAUUUGCAACACAAGGCAAAAGAAUGUACUUUAGCGUUCCCUUUUCUAUGGGUUCCCUUUUCCCACACAUGGAUGUUGACCAUGGUGAACUGCCAAUCACUACUGGAGACGGAACUAUCACUGUCACGGCCCGCUUUAUCAAGGGUGUUGACAAAAGGGCAACCAUCACUAAAGGCUGGAGCGACUUCUUCUGUCAGGCACACAUGAACGAAGGGCAAGUAUAUGCUUUCGCCUUCAAAUGCACUUCCAAGGGACUGUGCCUAAUCAUCUACUCAAUAUAAGCAAGUUGCAAGAGCCCCUUGUUAUAUAACUUAGUAUCAGUAUAGAUGCCUACCAAGACUUCUGUGUUUAUCAUCCUUUUGGAUCUUAUGUAAUCCUCUAAGACCAUCCUGUGCAUUUAGCUAUCGGUUAUAUUCUGCUUAGACUGCUAUGUGGUAUGCUUUUGAAACAACCUUAAUGGAAGAAAUAUAUGCUUUCACCUUCAAGUGCA